AUGCUUGAAACGCCACGGGCUGGAUUGCCACGCACUCCUUCAAGCUCUCGGCAUGCUCGAUGUGAGCCUGCUGAUGAGGACUCUGUGCCCUCACAGACCCCGCAGCAACAGCCAUCACCUCCAUAUCCCCAUGAGUCCAUCCAUGACCAAUCCAUGGAUGAUGGCCUGCCAUUGAAUCCAUCCCAGUCCAUGCAAGGGAUGCAGAAUAUCCCGAAUGGCUUCUAUCACUUUGUCGAAUAUCCCUCAGCGUCGCAGCAGUCCGACCUGAUGGUGGCAGACCUCGAGCAAGGGUUCUACCAGGCCGUUGCACAGUACUUUUAUGAUCGUUUCUUACAACAUGCAUCUGGCGUGGGCAGAGCAAACAUCAGCUACUUGUUCACUGCGAUGCUUCAUCACCAAUUUCCGCAUCCGAGCCCUGUUCGUAGUAACAAUCACUUUAUGCCCAAUCAGGAGAGGAAUUGA